CACACAUUGACAUUUUGAGAAAACGUCCCGCCUCCGGGUCACUGAAUCAUUUUUACUGCUGGAGCUGAUAAGACGCUACCGCUGUCCUUUGAGCAGCGGUCAGUGCGAUGGCCAACGCAGACGAUGAGAAGGAGAAGGAGCGCAUCAUGUCGCUGCCGCAGUUGCAGAACCUCAUGAAGAGGGAUCCAGAGGCGUAUGGUGCCGAGUUUGAUCAACAAUGGUCACACUUCGACAGCCAGAUGGAGAUCUUCAAGUUGAAACCUCAGAAGCCGGCGAGCUCCUUUGGGCAGCAGGUGAUGUUCCUAGCCCACGUGGCGCCCAGUUUCCCAGAGAAGGCCAAAGCGUUGCCUGAUCUGCUGAUAGGAGCGCUGAGCGAUCACUUCGAGAUCAUGCACAGCAGCAUGCGGACGACCCUCGUGCAGGCUCUGAUUCUGCUUCGGAACAGGGAUCAGUUUCCGUGCACCAAGACCCUGCCGGUGUAUUUCAAGCUUUUCCGCUCGCAGGACAAAGCCUUGCGGAAGUCGAUUUUCAACCACAUUGUCCGCGACAUCGCACAGAUGAACCAAAAGACCAAGAAUCAGAAGGUGAACUACGAGCUCCGGGACUUCUUCUUUGCCAAGCUGAAGGAGGUUGAACCGGAGAUUUGCCGACACGCCUGUGCCGUCUUCAUUACUAUGUACCGGCAAAAUGUGUGGUCCGACGCUCAUGUGGUGAACCUAAUGAGCUCUGGGUUGCUUCACCCGGACCUGAAGGUGGCUGCGGCACUCGCACACCUGUUUCUUGGCAACAAGACGAAGGGAUUAGAGGGCAUCCUGGAUGAGAGCGACGAUGAGGCUGAAGACGAUGUGCAAGAGGCCGUGCAUGGCAUCGUGGGUGCCAAGAAGACCGGCAACCGCGUCCGCAAGGUGAAGCGAGCGAAGAAGGCAGCCAAGAAGGCCGCCAAGAAAGGAAAGAAGGGCGACACCGUGGUUAGCUUCGUGGCCAUUGACUUGCUGAAUGACCCGCAGACCCUCGCAGAGAAGCUGUUGCAGCGGAUGACCAAGGGUGGCGAGGCCUUCCUCUUCCGGCUACUGAUGCUCCACCUGGUGGCCAGGCUGAUUGGGCGACACCAGCUGCAGGUCUUGAACCUCUAUCCGUUUUUGCAGAAGUACUUGGUACCCACGCAGAAGGAGGUGACCAAAGUCAUGGCCGCGCUCGUGGAGGCAUCACAUCCUUGUGUUCCACCGGAGGAGGUGAGGCCAGUGGUGCUGCACAUAGUGAGAUACUUUGUGACAGAGGCUCAGGCGCCCGAGGUCAUCGAAAUUGGCUUGAACACUAUCCGAGAAGUUUGCGCCAGGUCGAUCAACAUUCUGACAGAAGAGGAGCUCGCGGAUCUUUGUGGCUUCCGAAAGCACAAGAACAAAGGCGUUUCUAUGGCAGUGCGAAGUCUCAUCAACACCUACCGUGAGCUGCACCCGCAGCUGCUGCACCGGUCCCUGCGGGGCCGCGAGGCCACCAUGGCAGUGAGCCGCGGGGAAGCUCACGUGCCGCAGUUCGGCGAGCUGCAGGCCUCCGAGCAAAUCGACGGCUUGGACCUAUUGGCAGCCAAGGGAAAGCAGGCGGAAGAUGCCAAAGAUGGGAAGGAGAUCAUGAGCGAGAAGGUGCUGAGCCCCGAAGACUUCAAACAGCUCCGCAAGCUUCGGCUGCAGAAGUCCAUUGAGAUGCAGAUGGGCCGAAAGCGGCCUGCCCAGGAGAGCUCGUCAUCGAGUUCCGGCAGCGGCUCCGAUUGUGAAGAAGAGGAUGAGCGUGGGCUGACAGGACGCCUGCCAGACCAAGUCUCCGCAGACAUGCUGAGCGCCACCCCCAAGCGAGCGCGCACUAAGGCAGAGCGCCUUGCUCGAGCACUGUCCUCAGACAUGAGCGGGUUGGCAACCUCCUGGGAAAGUGUAGACUCCUAUUGGGCUCGGGAAAAAAUCGGGGGUCCCCACAUUCUCCAAUGUGCGGGUGAGUUAGGUUCUCGUCAAGCAUGCUUCACGUCCGUGGGGAUCUUCAAUUGUAACGAUGGGUGCUCAAUCUCGAUCGACAAACAAGAUGAUGACUACUGCGAUUGCAGGGGUUGCGAAGACGAGUCUAAUUGGGACUGCUCCACUUGCAUUGGUGGCUGCCCUCAUCAGAGCUGCCUAUCGUAUACAAAAUGCCUGAGCAGCGGAGCGUAUGGUGCUGGUAGUGCCUACGGUGGUGGAUACAGUGGUGGAUACAGUGGUGGAUACGGUGGAGGAUAUGGCGCCGGAACGACGCCUCCGGCAACCUUCACAUGUAACGACGGAUGCCAAAUUUCUUACCAUGAGACGAACGAUGGCUAUUGCGGCUGUCCAGAUUGCGAAGAUGAGGAACUGCUCACCUGUUGGAUGUGCGCCGAUGGCUGCCCCAGUGCCUGCACUGAUGUAAGCACCAGCUGCUACAUACCGCCAGGAAACAACAUCACGUGUCAAGAUGGGUGCGUCAUCUCGCCUCGAAAGCUCAACGACAACUACUGCGAUUGCUCCAACUGCGAGGAUGAGGCGCACUGGGACUGCAGCACCUGCGGAGGCUGCCCCACGGCGUGCGGACCCGGGCAAAGGGUUGAGUGCCCGGCAAAGAUCACGUGUCCUGGUGGCUGCGACAUUCCUUUCAAGGCCUUCAACGACCACCACUGCGAUUGCAGUGGAUGUGAGGAUGAAGAUCGCUACGACUGCUCCAGCUGCAAUUGUCCAACGAUCUGCGGAGAAGGCUUUGGAUGCGGCCCUCUCGGUGGGGAUGACAGGUUCUAUUGCCAGGAUCUUUGCAAACUCAACCUGAGCUCGGCGGACAACGGGUUCUGUGACUGCUCAAGCUGCGAAGACGAGCCUCUUCACAACUGCUCGACUUGCGGAGCUGGAUGCCCCACGACCUGUGGGGACUCUGUGCAUUGUACUACUAGCUCAUCAAGCACAACAGCAACAAGCACAACAUCGACUCGCACGACUUCUACAAGAACAGACACCGCCAGCUCCACGGCGAUGCCAGUUUGGCUUUGUUCAGACAGCUGCGAAAUCGAUCCGAAUUUUGUGAAUGACAGCUGGUGCGACUGCGCGGGAUGUGAAGACGAGCCGGAUUGGGACUGCACGAGCUGUGGUGGAUGCCCUAGCGGCUGCUACGGGCAAGCCGUGUUCUGCAACCAGGUGGCUGCCAAUGGUACCAUGAGCCCUUCAAGCUCGACGCAGGUCAUUACCACGUCCUCUUUUGUGCCGACGACUGCGACGACUGUGACAGCCACGACGACAACUAGACCAAUGAACCCGGAUCUGGUCACUGCGGUGCUGGACUACGUCAUAUCGCAAGCUCUCCCGCUGGCGCACCUGGCAUACACGGCCGUUGCGGCGACAGGUGAUUUGGUGGUGGAAGCUUCUGAUGGUGCCUGGGUCAUUCGUUUCCCGAGUUCAGAUUCUGGUGCCACCUUCUCCGGGACGCACACCUAUUUGUCGCCGGGCACCAUGCCACCCAUCGGGCUGCCCUCAACGCUGCGUGAGCUCAUCUUUCCUGGCGGUUACUUGCUUGCCGCCAAGAUUGGGACAAGCGCUGCGGUUCCAGCAGCGGUCCAACCUGGAGCGACAGCGGUGACACUGGAUGGGCGCCAGUGGACGGUCGCAGAGGGCGUCCUUGAAGUGACAAUGGCAUCCUAUUACUAUGCAGCCGGAGCUCCUUACGGGCAGCUCACUCCCAUUGGCAUCAACGACGGCAUGCUCGGGCUCGGGUGGUUCUCCCUUGCGACCACCCCCAUUUUCAUCAUGCUCAGCACCACCGUCCAGGCCAGCAACGUGGAAUGCGCAACCUUGUCGUCUUCAGGAUGGACCCAGGCCGGGGUCUAUCGGGUGAAUGGGACCAUGGACUCCGAGCUUCAGCAGGUGGCCAUUGGCACGUGGUGUGCUACGGAGCAUUUGUCGACCUUCGCACUGCUGAUUCCCGACUGGACCACGACCCCCACACCGGCCACGACGACGAUGACGGUGCCGGCGAGCGUGGCAGGUGCUGUCCAAGCAGAGGUGUCGCGCACCGCUUCCUUCGUCAUGCUGGCCGAGUCGCAGGCGCAAUCCUCUCCAACGACACCGGUGAUUGUGCCGGUAACUCUGCCGAACGCCACCUUCGUGUCAAUGGCGGUGGUCUCGCUGCCAAGCUCGAACUCGAGCUACCUGAGCGUGGACGUGCCGUCUGAUCCCACGGUGCCUGCCAUCGCCAUUCCCGCCACGCUCGCAGCUGGCAGCGCUGCUAUGCUGAUGGUCACAAAGCUUGCAUCAAGUACCGAAUCCGCCACCAACCUGCCGGCGACGAUGCAAGUUGGAGCGCAGGUGGCCUUGCCGUCCACUUCGCAGCUGUGGAGCGUGGCGGACCAGGUGCUCGAUGUGUCCCUCGUGGACUUGGAUGCUUAUUCAGCUGUAUCCGUUGUGGAUGUGCAGAAUUCCCCGGAUCCAAUCAUCAUGAGGAUCGCUGCAACCACCUACUCGGAUGCCAUUUGCGCCUACCUGGAUGCGAACGAGGAGUGGUCACAAGCCGGCGUGUAUUGGCCAUCAGAUGCAGAGAUCCGGGCAAGCUUCGGCGACGAUGCGGACUUGGGAGGUUCGUGGUGUGCGUCUUCCCACCUCUCGGUCUUCACGAUCCUCGUGGCCGUCGCUGGUCCCUGCGAGUUCGGGGACUAUUUCAAUUUCGGCGGCGACUGCUUCGAUAUAACCAUCGUUGCAGCGGUUAUAGGGGGCCCGAUUGGCUUUUGCUGCCUCUGCUGGUGCAUCAUUUGUUGCAUCAAAUGCCGACGACCAACAAAGGGCAAGAUGAAGCUGAAAGAUAGCAAGGGCUCAGCGCAGGAGUUCUCGUUCCACGUGGCGAAGGAGAUUAACAAGAGCUCCAUUCGCGCGGAGCGGAAGACCUUCAGCCUGCGAGGUGGAGAGACACCGCGCAGCGCGAAAGAAGAUGACCUGGUGAAGAUUCACGUGAAGUGGCAGGUGGAUGUGGAGCAGGCUGCACAGGCCAACUUUGAGUACACCAAAGGUGGCGGCCGCGUGGAUGUUACUGGCACCACUGGCCUUCUGCUGGCAGAUGACAAGUCCCCCAAGAGUAACAACAAGAGCGAGCCGGAGUCGCCCAAAAGUGUGCGAAGCCGCAAGCUGACGGAGGCGGAAACCUUGGCCAAGCAGGAGAGUGAGGAAUUCCAGGUGCAGCCGGAGAACACGGCGCCGCUGGUGGACGAGACUCUGGACGCGGCCACCGUGGACCCCGUGGACGCCCCCGGGGGCGUCGAGGCCUUCGCUGAUGGCACCCAUGUGGAGUAUUUCUCGAAGACCAACGGCAAAUGGAUGCAGGGCAGCAUCAGCGGAUCUGGUCAGACGAUACGCGAUGAGCUUAUCCCCACCUACACCGUGCUGGUUAUGCUCGGGGGUUUCCACAAACAGAAGCGGGACUUUGUGGAUUUGAGCCUUCUGCGGAAGCCCUUCAAAGAAGGGGACCCGGUCAGCGUCCAAGUCCUAGCGGAUGAGGAGUGGCAACCAGGCAUCAUCAAGGCACGAUGCGGCUAUCCUUUAAGUUACGAGGUGAAGCUCCUCAGCGAAACGGCCUCCUCCCGGCCCUCAGCGGGUUCGCGCGCCGCCGCGGCUGAAGCGACGGAAGCGGAGACGGCGGUCUCGCGAGCGCCGUUACCAGCAGAGCGGGUUCGGCCAAGAUUCCCGGGCGGCCAAGCGGUGGACGUCUACCGGGGCGUGGAAGAAGGUUGGAUCCAAGGAGUUGUGCGAAGCGAUGGGUGGCCGGAGGUGUCCGUUGAGAUGGACGCGGCUGAAACUGCCUGCUUGGGCUACCACGUUCGCUUACGAGCACCAGCGCCCGCCCCGAAUGCCAUAGAGGAUGAGAGGAAGGCGGCUGCAUGA